GUGUUCUUGAACCGGGUCGAAAGAAAAGAAAAAAAAAACAGACGAAAAGAUACGUCAUUCGCUCGUCUCGGGGCCCGCGAACACCCUGUCGAAGGUACCAGCGAGAUACCUCGCCGAAGCGUCGUCGCCGUCAUCGUCGUCCACAUCCAAGCAUCUCGCCACGCGUCGCGACGAGAUAACGCCGUAACGAGAUAAAGUCAUUCUAACCCAUUUUUCUCGCGGCAAUGGAUCAUUUCAAAGUAGUGUACAUAAAAGAAUCACAAGAAAUUGAACCCGUGCCACAUCAGUGGGAAGCCAACGGUAUUUUAUAUUGGCCACCAACCAAAAGUGAAACAAGAAAGAAACAAUCUGAUGUAAAAUCAGUAUCGAUUCCUGAUAAAUGGACUAAAUAUAAUUGUGUUGUUAAAGCCCAAGGCAUAGCUCUGUUUGUACAUGCUUCUGCUACUGCAGAUAAGUUGUGUCAAGAAACAUCAACGGAUGAUGACGAUGAUCAAAGAAGAAGUGAAUCUAGUCGUAGAGUGUCUAAGCCUCCUGCCAGAUAUUAUAAUACAAUCUUGAAAGACGCAAGUGAAACAUUUUCUUCUGAUAAUGAUGUGGAUAAUAUACGUGUAUUAAAAUCAGAAACAAUAGUUACCAAAAAUUCAACUUCAAACAAUUGUGUCUCCAAAGAAAAUAAUUCAAACUCAAUUUCCAACAUAAAUAUCAAUAAUGUAGAGCAUGUAGAGCAAGAACAAUUUGAUACAACAAUAGUUAAUCCUGAAAAUGUAAUUAAUGGAUUUAUCGUUCCGGAAAGUGAUAUUGCCAAAUUAGGAGAUUUGAUUACAGAAGUGAGCAACGUACUUGGAUCUAAAAUAUCAGAUAUAUCAGCCAAGAUAGACCAUUUGGAAGAACUAUUAUUAAAAUACCAAGAUAAUGAGACCAGAAACAUGGAAAAAAUAGAAGAAACAGAACAAAUUUUUUCUUUAGAAAAUAUAGAAAACGUUAUUAUAUUUGAAGGUAAACUUAAUGACGAACAAUAUCGUCAGAAAAUAGUGGGACAUUUACGAAGAAUAACAGGAUCAGCACAGCCAUGGAAAACUGCCAGUUAUAAAUUAAGUUCUACAUUAUUUACAAAACAACUACUCACCAUGUAUUCGUGGACCGGUGCAAGCCGUACUGGAAUAAUCAAAAAGCCUUUCCAGCAGUUGGUUAAUAUUUUGGAUGUGUUUUAUCAAGUUGUCAAAUACGCAGAUAGCACUUUUUCUCAUAGUAUGAAGGAGCAAUUUUUUCGAGAUGGUAUUUUAAAACAUAGCAAUACCAGAUUAAAUCCGAAAAAGAGAGUUACAAAAGGUCAGAGUAAGAGCAAUAUUCUUCCAGAUGAUUUGAGGAAUGAUCAUCAGGAUAAUGAAGAUACAGAAAAAAACAGUACUUCCGAACAAGAUGUCAGUGAUGGUACAUCUAACAAUAUUAAUGACCCUGAGAUUAAUGAGACCAAUGAACAUGAUUAA